AAGCAGUGCGAAAAACGAGAUCCAUGUCCACCUGAGUACUGUAACCAUGGAGGAAGGUGUUCGAGCAACGGGACAGGCUUUGAGUGCGUUUGCCCUCUUGGGUUUGAUGGACCACAGUGCGAGCACGACAUCAACGAGUGCGACUCAUCGCCAUGUGCCUUUGGGAAAUGUGUGAAUACGGUAGGGUUGUUCUGUGAAAAAGACGUCGAUGAAUGCUCUAUGGGGAAUCCGUGCGAAAACGGCGGCACAUGUGUGAACCUCGACGGCGGCUUUGAGUGCGCAUGUACAGCAGCGUUCGAAGGCGAAUUGUGUACGAUCAACAAAGAUGACUGCGUCAACAACAAAUGUAGCGCUGGUGCAACAUGUGUGGAUCUGAUUGGAUCGCUUUGUCAGUACAAUGAUCCAUGUCACUCUAUGCCAUGCCUCAAUGGGAGAUGCAUUGGCGAUCCUGAGACGGGUGACUCAACCUGUGCCUGUGAUCAUGGCUACACGGGAGCGCAUUGCGAUGAGGACAUCGAUGAAUGUGCCGAGUGGGGUGAAGCUUUGUGUCAUAACGGAGCCACGUGUGUGAAUAUCGCCGGCAGUUAUACAUGCGAAUGUCCCACUGAUAAGCCUGAAACUCAGCCAGCGAACCAUAGAAACCAGUACCAGAGCAGGAGCCAAUAUCCAAGUCUAAUGAAUGGUAUCGAGGACCUCAUAGGCGUGACCGGCUCAUCUUGCGACACACUGAUGGAAAUGUGCUAUCCAAAUCCGUGUCUGAACAAUGGUGUCUGCGUUGAUCGACUGAAUAAUUUCGAGUGUUCUUGUGCUGAGGGAUUUACUGGCCCCACAUGUGCCGAGAAAUGCUCCUCGGGUGAUCGCUGCGCAUGUUCAGCCGGUAGCUGCUUGAAUGGGGGAAUCUGCAGGAACAACACUUGUGAAUGCUCAACGGGCUUUACUGGCAAGUACUGUGAGAUCGAGUUGAGCCCCUGCGAAAUGACCAAGUGUCCCAGCGGUCAAAUCUGCCUCGAAAGUAAUGGAACAAGAUCAGUCAGUUGCGUGUGCCCAGUCGGAUUUACCGGAUUCGACUGUCUCAAGGAGAUCGAUGAAUGCUCAGUCAAUCCGUGUCAGCACGGGGGUACAUGCUCAGAUAGACUCGGAGAUUACUUCUGCCACUGUCCCAGUGGCUAUACUGGGAAGAACUGCGAGAAGGUUGUCGAUCAUUGUACGAAUAACCCUUGUCUGAAUAACGGGAUAUGCAUUAAUGCUGCUCAUGCUGGUGUCUGCCAUUGUACGCCAGCGUUCUUUGGUGACAAAUGCCAGUUCAAGAGAAAUCCCUGUUCUCGAAAUCGCUGUGAUAAUGGAGCCACAUGUCGUCCAACAGCGAACUACCGUAACUAUACGUGCGAGUGUAAACCGGGUUUCGAGGGAAGAUUCUGUGAAAUGGAUAUCGACGAAUGCAAGGAUGAACCCUGUCGCAAUGGCGGUACCUGCCACAACACCCAUGGUCACUACAACUGCAUCUGUCCUGUGGGUUAUGCUGGCCCAAACUGCUUUGAGAACGUUGACGAUUGUGCUAGAAAUCCAUGCCUAAAUAACGGCACAUGGCUAUUGAUGAUCUGGCCAACUUUCGUUGCGUCUGUCAGCCUGGAUACACGGGGCGGCGAACCUGCGGUGUCGAUAUUGAUGAUUGUGCUGACAAUCCCUGCCUGA